AUGAAGAACUUCUUUGGUAUUGCUGCUUUCGUUGCUGGCACUAACGCCCUCGUUGGUCGCAGUGACAGCUGCUGCUUCCAGAUCACUGCCUCUGGCGGUGCUUCUGGUACUCUUGGCCAGCUAAGCGAUGGCCAGGUCCGCGUCGGCGAUUCUACUUUGUCCGCUGCUACCUUCUGUCUUGAGGAUGCUAUCAUCACAGACAGCAAUGGCCGUGGCUGCGUGGUUACUAGUGAGUAUCAUCGUUCGUAUAAAUAUAUGUGGCAUCCUUCGCUAACAGGUAAUACAGCCGAGACCACCCAAUUCCAGUGUGACGAGGGUGCCACUGGCACUUCUGGCUUCACUCUUUCGUCUUCGGGCGCUCUCAGCUUCGAUGGUAGCUCGAGCUUCAUGGCUUGCGCAACUGGCCAAGACAAUGGAGACAACAUCUACACCACCAACAGCACCUCCGUCACCCAGUGUGUGAGUGUCGAGUUGACCAGCGAUUCGUGCUACGCUGCUGUCUCGUCGUCGGCUGUCGCGUCUUCGUCCACUCCUUUCGUGAUCCCUGCCAGUAUCCCUCCUGUCUCUAGCUCUGCUAUUCCAUCUGGAGUCGGUGCUAUUGGCUCUUCGACCCCGGUCCCUGUCACCUCCAUGCCCGUUCCUUCCGGUACUCCUGUUCCCGUUUCCAGCACACCGGUCGCGACUUCGACACCUCUCAAGAGCACUCCGGUGACUACAUCAAGCUUUGCAACUAGCACUACCACUGCCUCGGUCAGUGAGACCUCGUCGACUGCUUCAUCCUCAGCGGCAGCCACUACCGCCCCGUCGAGCUCCGCGACUAAGGUCGACUUCUCCAACUGGGGUGCUUCCCUGGUUGCGAUGUUGGCCCUCGCUGUUGCCUACUAA